AUGCCGUCCUCUGACGUCAGCCGCGCCUCCAGCCGGCACAGCCAGUCCGCAACGCGGCACCGACACAGCAGCAGAAGCCCCGAAAACAGAAACGCCAGAGAGGCGGGACACAGUGAAGCCCCCCGCAAAGAAAGCAGAGACAGCCACCGCUCCAGUGGGAGCAGCCACCCCAAAGAUGCAGACAGAAGCAGAUGCACAGGUAGAGAGUCGGACGAGGGAAGAGAGCUUCGAGACCGGUCUCACUCCAGUCGAAAACCAGUUGGCCGCAUGCGCGGAUGGGGCGACGGCGACGGCAGCAGCAGCAGUAGCAGCAGCAGCAGUAGUAGUAGUAGUAGUGCCAGUGGCCGCAGUGGAGUGAAAAACAGUGCCCGUGUUUCGGAAAGGGCAAGGGAAACAAGAGAAGACAGCCGCCGAAUCAGCAGCAGCAACCGGUCGCGCUCGAGAGACAGAAAUUCAGAAGGACGGGCGCCCAGUAGUGCGAAGCAGCGCAGCAGAAGCAGCAGCAGGCAUCGUGAGGACUUCAGCAGCAGCAGACAUCGUGAGGACGUCAGUAGCAGCAGACAUCGUGAGGACGUCAGCAGCAGCAGACAUCGUGAGGACGUCAGCAGCAGCAGACAUCGUGAGGACGUCAGCAGCAACAGGCACCGGGAAGAGGAGAGAAGUCGGCCUUCUUCCCGCACCGACGGCCGGAAAACCGACAGCAGCAAAACGCGCCAUAGCCCUCCGCGCAGCACCACGAGCAGCAGCAGCAGCAGUAGUUCCAGAAGCAGCAGCAGCUCCAGCAGCAGCAGCAGCCGGCGCAGCGAGAAAGAGGAUUCGCGACGCAGGGACUCCCCUGCCGCUGACCGCCAAGAGGAUGCUGAAGUAGCCCGCAGGGAACGCCCUAAGGACGAAUUGUCUCCUAAGCAGCCACAGCAGCAGCAACAACAGAAGCACGCGGGAAGACGGGAAUCUGCUUCUUCUGAGGCCUUAAACGGGGUGGUGCCUGUAAAACGCAGCCUUUCACCAUCGCAGAGCAACAGCAGUAGCCUGAAGGACGAUAAUGGUGCAGUUGCUGCUGCACCAAAGGUGAGCGAGACUGUUGAUGGAAAGCAAGAAGCUGCUGCCGCAGGGGGCAGCAAGAACAGCAGCAGUGAUAAGACAAGCCGCCUAGAGCGGUUCAGAGCCCUCAAGAGGCAGAAGCAACUGCCGGAAAAGGUCGCGUUGAGUGAAAAUACUUCUGAGAAGGAGAGUACCACAACACCGCCAGCAGCAGGCAGCAGUAGCAGCAGUAACGCAUUCAAAGAUUGGCUUCCCCCUACCCCGAACGUGAAGUUCUCCGUCGGAGGCUCCAGCAGCAACAAAGCAGCAACACCUAGCGCUUCCAGUGCUGGGGUAACUGCCACGUCCACGUCCGCAGCAGCAGCUGCUGCUGCUGUUGCUACUGCGCAAGCCGUUGCUUCUGCUGCACUCGCAGCUGCCAAUCUCGCUUCCGCGUGUGCUGCUACUGUCUGUGCUGCGGUAGAAAAAGAGCCGCAGCAGCAGGCGUCGGAGGGCGCCAAAGAAGCAGCGCAGGUGCAGGAUCAGCAUGCAGGCGCGUCUCCUGCUGCAGCAGAAGCAGCAAAUUCCGACAAGGCGUCAACGAGUCCUCCUGCUGCGUCUGAUGGGGGCAAGGGGACGAUGAAACCCCCAAAGCCAAUGUCUCGCAACCGUCUGAAGAAGCACCAGCAAGCGUUGCUGCUGAAGCAGCUGCAGAACAAGACAUCUGAGGCUGGCCCAGAAGCCAAGGGAGAUGCAGAUUUGUUGGAUGCCUUUAUGUCUGCUCUCGAGACGGAGGCGAAGGACGAGCUGAGUGCAGCCAAGGCUGAGGGAGCAGGUGAAGUGGAAGCCCUGGGGUGUAUCUCCAGCCGCAGCACAGAUCCACCGCGGCCCCAAAGCAUUUCGUUGGAGGAGAUCAGCAGGUGGCAGGAGGUUGAAGCUGAGUACCUUCCGCCAGGCGCGGUGGCAAAACCAGCAGCUCCUGCAGUUGCUGCAGCAGAUGCUUCUGCUGCAGCUGCAGCACCUGUGCCUGCAGAAUCUGCUGUCGCCACCAAAGUUGAAGGUGCAACGGAGGGAACGCUCGACGAUUCUGCUGCUGCUGCCUCUCCUCCAGUGUCGGAUGUUCCCCGAGUCAAAUGCGAGCCAGAAGCAGGAGCAGCAGAUGUUCCUGCCCCGACAGCUGCUGAAGCAGCUGCAGCCGGGCCAGUAGCGGCUGCGGUUCCAGCUCCUGCCGCUGCUAUUGCGGCUUCCUCGACGAGCCCAGCUGGGCUUGACGGCGUCAAGAGUGAAGGUGGAGAGUCACGAGCAGCAGCGGCAACAACGACAGCGGAUGAGGUUGACCCCGAGGAAGCGAAAUAUCACGAGCUAUUCCUGGAGACCCUGCGAAAAGGCCGCCUCAAAGGGCAAUCUGGUCCAGGGGACGGUGGCUCUGGCGAAGGUAAGGGAAAGGCUUCAAAUGAAGACGAAGUUGAAGAGGAAGAAGUGCUUCUCUACUCGGAUCACGAGGAAGAGGAGGAAGAAGCUGCACAGGCAGCCGAAGCCGCUGCAGGGACAGGAGAAGGUGCUGCUUCAGGACAGGGGAAGAAAGAUGACGACAACGAACAACAAGCCAAGGAGCAGCUCGCGAACCUGUCUUACUUCGACUUAGUGAAGCGCGUUGGACUUAAAAAGGAACUGCCCCUUGUUGACCAUGCCUCAUGCAAGUUUCCUCCAAUUAAGAAGAACCUAUAUGUGCAGGUGAAGGAGCUCACAGACUUGAAGGACCACGAAGUGGAAGCGAUCCGAAAGACGAACGGAAACAUCAAAGUUCGUGGGAAGCAGUGUCCUCGUCCUGUCAGUUCCUUCCACCAAUGUGGUUUACCAGAAAAGAUCCUUAGACAUCUAGAACUGCGUGGGUUUGAAAAGCCAUUUCCGGUUCAAAGCCAGUGCAUUCCCAUCUUGAUGUGUGGGCGAGACCUCAUCGCUGUGGCCGAGACAGGCAGUGGCAAGACCUUGGCCUACACGUUGCCUCUUGUGCGUCACGUAUUGAGCGUUAAAAGGCAAUAUAAGGAGUACCUCGCUAAGCAGAAGGAGGAGAAGCUGCUGAGUUUGCAGCAACAGGAAGAAAACCGCCAGCAGCAAGGUGCAGCGGAAGGACAAGCUGACGCCGCGGCCCCCAGCGCGGAUAAUGCUUCAGAACCCAAGGAAAAACGGAGUGGGAAGCAACAAGCUGGAGAUAAUGAAGAUAAGGACAGAUACCGGAAGAACGAAAAGGGUGAAAGGAUGUUGAUUUAUGGAAAUUUCAAGGAGGGAAUGAUUGGCCUGGUCAUUGCCCCAACUCGGGAGUUGUCGCUUCAAAUAUCAAAAGAGGUUUCUCGUUUAUGCAAGCUGGUGGACUUGAACGUUGCUUCCCUCUAUGGAGGGGCGGGCAUCGGGGGCCAACUGGGGCAAGUACGGCGAGGGGUAGAUGUCGUAGUAGGAACGCCAGGGAGGCUAAUUGAUGUUCUGACUCUCAACUCCUGCAAAUUCACAAGCCUUAAGCGCGUGACCUUCGUAGUGCUUGACGAGGCCGACCGGAUGUUUGAUUACGGAUUCGAGCCGCAGAUCUCUUCCAUCCUGAGGAGCACUCGCCUUGAUAGACAGACUUGUCUCUUCUCUGCAACUUUCCCUUCCCACAUUGAAUCUCUGGCUCGGCGUAUCCUUUACAAGCCGAUUGAAGUUGUCGUUGGUGAGAAGGGCCGAACAGCUGCAAAGGUGCAGCAGUACGUGGAAGUGAUGGACGAAGAACGCAAGUUCUACAGAUUACUGCAACUCUUAGGGGAUUGGCAAGACUAUGGUUCAAUCAUUAUCUUCGUAAACAAGCAGAUAGAAGCCGAUGAGCUGUUUGCUGAGCUUUUGAAGUACGGCUAUCAGGCGCUUGUGCUUCAUGGGGGCCAAGACCAGACGGACCGCGAGUUUACGAUUCAAGAGUUUAAAGAUGGCACGAAGACGCUCUUGAUUGCAACGAGUGUAGCAGCGCGUGGGCUCGACGUUCCGUCGGUCGUCCUCGUUAUCAACUUUUGCUGUCCUUCGCACAUUGAAGAUUAUGUCCACCGCAUCGGCAGGACAGGGAGGGCGGGAAAUAUUGGGGUUUCAUACACGUUCAUUACCCCUCAAGAGGCAGACAAAGCAGAAGAGCUUGAAGGGGCAUUGAUUCAGUCUGGUCAAACUGUCCCUCCGGCUCUGGCGGCGCUCAGUUCGGAGUUCCGCGUUCAGUGCAACAUGGGAUUGGCGCAAAAGACGAAGAGGGGCGGCUUUGGAGGGAAGGGAUUUACAUUUUCCAUUACGGAGAAAAGUCGCCAACAGCAGCAGAUGCAGCAAGCCAAGAAAGAACUGUCUGGGGCCAAUGACUUUGAUGAAGUUGAGGAGGUUGAAUUGCUGCUCCAGCGAGAUGACUUUUUGCCCCCAACUCCUAAUAACUCCCAGCUGGCGCUUACCAACACCAUGUCUCCAAUGGAUGCAGCGAUGGCAGCAGCUGCAGCUGCCGCGGCAGCAAAAGGUGGCAGCGCCUCAGCGACGUCGGGAUCGCUGCAAUCAGCAGUGGAGGCUGCUGCUGCAAAGGCGGCUUUACUGGCAAAGCAUCAACUGGCUGGAGGUGACACCGUCACACAGCCGACGAGUUCCACAGAAGGUGUGGCGCGCGUCAAGCUUAUAGCAAAAAUACUGAAGUUGCAGGACGCUGAGCUUGCGAAACGACCACCAUCCACUCCUCCGGCUCCACCACCAGGUCUACCACCACCUGGGAGUGAAAAGACAAAACUGACGGAGGACCAGCAGGUAGCGAAAUUCUCCAUCCAUAUGGAAAUUACUGCAACCAGUGUUUUGUGCUGUUCCCAUUUGGGGGAGGUGUUGUGGGUGUGCUUGUCGUUGCUUGCCAUCCCGGAAUCCAGAAGUGGCAGCGUUCCAGUAGUGCUAGAGCGGCCCAGGCGGCCGCAUCUACUUUUAGACGUUCUUGCAUGGAUAUCGGCAGCUCUCGUUUUUCCCGGCGCCGCGCGACUGUGGUUGCAGGUGGACUUCAUGCUCCAGCAGGCACUGAAAGGUCUUCCAGAGGCAGACCGAGGGCAAUACAAGGACAAGUUGCGUGAAGCGUACAAGAAGCACUUAUCACCUCGCCCCAAAGUUCAACAAAAAGCAGCGCCGGGCAUGCAGCUGGCGUUGGCUAGUUCCGUCACAGGCCAAGCGCUGCCAAAAGAGAAGGACCCUUUUAUGGAUGCGGCGGCGGAAGCCUUAGCUAUUCUCAAGCAAGGCACCACAGCAAGCUCUGGUCAACUCCAAGCAGCUCUUGACAAGAUAAAGGCGUUCUCUGAUUCGGCCGAGCUAGCGGCAGCCAUCAGUAGCGUCUCGGCGCCUUCGAACCCGACUCUUGGCAAGGUGCCUGGACUUUCUGAAAAGGGAUUCGUCUGUCCUGAGACAGGCAAUUUCGUUGAUGAGCUCGAAAUUAACGACUACCCGCAGGUGGCCCGGUACAAAAUUACCCAGAAGGAACUGAUGUCACGCAUCAUGGAAGAAACGGGAGCUGUGUUGUAUGUAAAAGGCCAGCACGUGGAACCGGCGCUUAAACACCGCACGCAGCUAGCACCGGGCGUGAAGUUUUUACACGUAGAAAUCAUUGCCCCGACACCGAUUCAAGUUCAGAGAGCCAGGCAUGCAGUGUACGAGCUGGUGGAAUCCAUCGCGCUGAAGUCACUGAAUCUGACGAGCAGCCAGCGUCAAGCGGUGGGGCGCUAUUCCGUUGUCUAG